AUGGACAGGUUCGUGUGGAGCAGCGGGCUGCUGGAGCUGGAGGAGACGCUGGUGAUCCAGCAGCGCGGCGUGCGCGUCUACGACGGCGAGGAGAAGGGGAGGUUUGAUAGUGGGGUCUUACUGCUCAGCACACACAGACUAAUCUGGAGAGAUCAGAAGAACCACGAAUGCUGCAUUGCUAUUCCUCUGUCUCAGAUUGUCUUCAUUGAAGAGCAGGCAGCUGGGAUAGGCAAAAGUGCCAAAAUAGUCGUUCAUCUUCAUCCUGCUUCUUCAAACAAAGAGCCCGGUCCAUUCCAAAGCAGUAAAUAUUCCUACAUCAAACUUUCUUUCAAAGAACAUGGGCAGAUUGAGUUCUAUAGGAGAUUAUCAGAAGAAAUCACACAGAGGAGAUGGGAGAACCUGCCUGCUGCUCAGACCAUGCAGGUUAACAAGAGCCCCCAGGCAGGAAGAAUAAGGGCUGUAGGAAUUGUAGGCAUCGAAAGGAAGUUAGAGGAAAAAAGAAAAGAGACUGACAAAAACAUUUCCGAGGCUUUCGAGGACCUUAGUAAACUAAUGGACAAGGCUAAGGAAAUGGUGGAGUUAUCCAAGUCAAUAGCUAAUAAAAUUAAAGAAAAACAAGGUGACAUCACUGAGGAUGAGACUGUUAAGUUCAAAUCCUAUCUGCUGAGUAUGGGAAUAGCUAAUCCAGUUACCAGGGAAACAUAUGGAUCUGGGACACAUUACCAUAUGCAACUGGCAAAGCAACUGGCUGGAAUUCUGCAGGCUCCAUUAGAGGAGCGGGGAGGGAUCAUGUCUCUUACUGAGGUCUACUGCCUGGUAAAUAGGGCACGAGGAUUAGAGUUGCUGUCACCAGAAGAUUUAGUAAAUGCUUGCAAGAUGUUGGAGUCACUGAAACUACCCCUGAGACUUCGGAUAUUCGACAGUGGUGUGAUGGUGAUUGAACUCCAGUCUCACAAUGAAGAGGAAAUGGUAGCUUCUGCUUUAGAGACGGUAUCUGAAAAGGGUUCUCUCACAGCUGAUGAGUUUGCUAAGCUUGUGGGGAUGUCCGUUCUCUUAGCCAAAGAAAGGCUGCUGCUAGCUGAGAAGAUGGGGCAUCUUUGCAGAGAUGAUUCGGUGGAAGGCUUGAGAUUCUACCCAAAUUUAUUUAUGACACAGAGCUAAUGUAGUUUGUGGACAUCUUUAAUGUGACAGUGCAGCACGAGAGCAGAGUGGGGAGCCUCUCCAACAACUGAUUUUACUAAUUUUACUUUGUUAAUCAACUGCAACAGUGAUGAACAUUGUAAUGUUUUGCAAUUCUCAGGUAUUUCGAAUGCUGAAUGGUCUUAGGUGGAACGGAGAAGAAAUAGGAAUCACUAAGAAUUAUGUUACUGUCUUAAACUGGCUAGCUCAUACAUAUUUUUAUAUGAUGUUCCCUGUAAUUUCUUGCUUCAAGAGAAGUGAGGUGAAGACUGCACACAAGUGAAAGUGGAAAGAAUAUCCCUGUAGUCUGCCCUGAAAAUGAGCACCCGGAACGUAGGUUGCUGCUUACUCCCGUUGCGGUUUAUUUAUGUCUAGAGCAACAAAGCAGACAGAUGCAUCCGCAGCGAUAAGAAAUGUGACUUCAGUGUGCACCGAGGUGUAGGGGACAAAGCAGUGUAGAGUAACUCCUCCCUGUGAACGGGUUUCUAAGAGAGCAUCUUGAAUUUUUGGACGAGGAUUGUUCAUACUUUGAGUUAGACAGAACCUGAUGAAGGAGAUACUAACCUGUGCUCUGAAUCUGGAAAACACCAUGUUUACUUUGUCAUGUCUCACACCCAUAGCUCAAGGAGAAGCAGUCCGUGCAGAUUUCCUCCCUGCCCUCUCUUUGUCAUCUCUCUUCCUGUUUCAUUGAGUUGCACUUAGGCUGCAUAUUCUGCAGCCUCUUCAUGUCUUGCAGAGUGCAGAAGUCCUCGGUCACUCUAUCUGCCACACUCACUGCUUUAAUAUACUUGUUUUUUAAUCUUGUACUUCUAAUGAAAGAUCAUUUGAUAGUCCCAUCAACCCUGUGUGUUUUGGAGAGCCAGUUAAUUUGCAUGUAUCUCAUGUGCCGGAAGGCUAAUACUAAAGUAUUGAAGAGAAGAAAAACACCACUCCCCUACAUUUACUAGUCGUGAGGUAUCAUACUGUUUGGUUUUCCUUAUCCUGGGUUCAGACCCAAUGCAGUUUGAUAGGCUCAGCUUUCAUAACUCCAGUGGAGUUGCUGUGUUCCUUGAAGAUCUGAGGUCACGGCAAUAGUGCUAAGUGGGUGUUUAUGAUCCGUGACACUCAUAUUUUCAGCAUUUUGAAAUGACCAGUUUUAAUAAAUAACAAUAUUCUUUCAAAGUAUGGGAAAGGACAGCAUGUAUAUAACAUAUGGAUGUAGCAACAGUCAAAAGGAUGUUACAAGAAGGAAAUUUUUUUUUUUAACUGCCUGAAAACAUCUUCAGGACUAUUUCAGUGUUGCUGUAGCUGAGACAAAGGUUAAGAAAAUGCCAGUAGUGAGCAGGGUGCAGAAAUUUUGCUCGUUUUGUUGGACUCCCAUUUUGCCCCUUUUCUUUGUCACUAGCAGAAUUUUAUGCAGUGCUUUCUUUAGGGCAGUUUUCCCCUGCUAUGUGAAAGGGGAAUAGUGCUAAAACUGCUGAAUUUAGCCUGGCUGAAGGAACUGGUUCCACACACCCAUAGUCCAUACCUCAGUAGUCAU